GGUAUGGCGAGAUGGUGGCGUGCGUUUCCUCGCGCGGCGCGGCGCUAUCCUUGGCCCACUAACGUGCUGCUGUACGCCGGGCUCUUCUCGGCGGGUGAUGCGCUGCAACAGCAGCUGCGGGGCGGCCCGGCCGACUGGCGACAGACGCGGCGCGUGGCCGCUCUGGCCGUGACCUUCCACGGCAAUUUCAACUACGUGUGGCUGCGCCUGCUGGAGCGCGCGCUCCCGGGCCGCGCACCGCGCACAGUCCUGGCCAAGCUGCUGUGCGAUCAGACUGUCGGAGGGCCGGUAGCCCUCUCUGCCUUCUAUGUUGGUAUGAGCAUUCUUCAGGGAAAGGAUGAUAUAUUUUUGGAUCUGAAGCAGAAAUUCUGGAAUACAUAUAAGAGUGGUCUGAUGUACUGGCCUUUUGUGCAGCUGACCAACUUCAGCCUUGUCCCUGUGCACUGGAGAACAGCUUACACGGGUCUCUGUGGUUUCCUCUGGGCCACCUUCCUAUGCUUCUCACAGCAGAGUGGUGAUGGCACAGUGGAGUCCAUAUUCAUCCUCCUUCGCAGUAAGGAGGCAGGACACAGGCCCUUAGAGAAGUGAGGAGUCCAGACUUCUUUCCUAGGACUCAGUUUGUUUGUUUGUUUGUUUGUUUGUUGUGUUUUUCUCCAUUUCUCUGACUCAUCUACAUCAGGCCUGCUUCACUGAGUAAUUAUGGGCUCCAUCAUGAAGAAUUACUAUUCCAUAGGUCCACUUGUUUUGAAAUUAUCAAUGAUUAUUUUAACUUUUAUCUAAACCUUUCUAAAUUAUUCCAGUCUGAAAGUCUUAUUUCUCUGAUAUUUGCAUUUCUCUAAUGCUUUGCUUAAAAAUUUUAAUAAUGACAGGUGAUAUUUUGGAAUUAUUAACAUUUCUAUUCUAAUGUUAUAAGGCCAGUUGAAUUUAAAAAAGAAAACCUCCAGUUUUGAUUGUUUACAUUUCUAGCCUAAACUCUUAGGCUAUUUUCUACACACUUUGGAAUUAAAUUGCCCUUUGUCUUGAUAGUAUGUAUCUAUUUAUAUAGAAUUCAGUCAAGAAGACUGAAUACUCAGUGUCCCUCCCAAUAUUCUGUAAUAAUUUAUUAUUAUGCCAACAUCAAAAUUCUGUAAGUAGAUGUUUUUAUCUUCAAAAUAAAGGAAUAGUGUAGCUGGAGAGAUGGCUCAGUGGAUAAGAGCACUGUGUACUCUUACAGAGGUACUGAGUUCAAUUCCCAACAACCCACAUGGUGGCUCACAACCACAACUGGAAUCUAAUGGCCUCUUCUGGCAUGCAGGUGUGCAUGCAGACAGAGCACUCACACAUUAAAUAAAAUCUAAAGGAAAAAAAAAAAGGAAUAGUGUUGGAUAUAUAGAAUAUUUUAUUGCUACAACCUACUUUUUUUUUUUUUUUUUUUUUUUAAGAUAAGGUUUCUCUUUUAGCCCAGGUUGCCCAGGGUGGGCUUCAGCUUUCCAAGUGCUGAGAUUACAGGCAUGAGCCAUCAUGUCUUACUCUUCUAUUUUUAUAUUAUACCAAGUACAGUACUUUUUAAUUGAUAUCUUCUAGCUUUGAGAAGAUACAGUUCACCAAAUACCCCAAUUCCUACAUAUAUGAAAUAAAAUAUUUAGUUUCUUAAUGAAUUAUAGCAAAUGAAAAUUCUGGAAAACUAAUCAUUUUUUUCCCUCUCUAAGGAAAAACUUUAAUCCAUACUGUACAAGUGUACACAGUUUGCAGCAAUCCUCCUGCCUCUGCGUUCCAGAUGCUGGGGUUACAGACAUGAGCCACCGGGCCUGGCUUUUCUGUGUCUGUAGUACCAGGGGCGGAACCCAGGGUCUCCUUGGCCCUGCCAGAUCAGAGCUCUGCCCCUGGCUGCACACCUGGAUGCUGACAGCAUUCUUUUUUAAUUCAGUGCUUUAAAAUUUCGUAUCUUUGUACUUUAAAGUAGACAAGAGAAACAUCAGCGAGUCUUUCACAUUUUCUCAGCCAGCCACCAUCAGGUUUCAAAAUGAUGUAAAUAAGCAGGCAUGGAGGUAUGCCUGUCUACUCCAGAAGCUAAUGGAAGCUAAUGAAGGAGUUCAGGACUGGACUAGAAAAAAACAGCAUGUCCCUGUCUCAAAAACACAAAACAUACAAAAUUUGAAACUAUGAAUGCCUCACCUAAAAAUUGCCCCCAUGGUUCUGUUGCUCCUACUGGCAUACUUGACAAAUUUCAAGAUGUGAAACACUGAAUCUGAGUUUAUCUUGCAAAUGUGUAAGGUCAAUUUUAGAAUUCAUGCUUAAAUUUCUAAGCAAGUAAUUUAUAUGGUUUGUAAUAUGUUUGUAUAAAUUAUAAUAUGUACCUUCUAAAUGUAUAAGUCAUUGGAAUGUAAUAGAUAAUGAUACAUUUUACAUUGGGGAAGUAGUAAAAACAUUUCUUAAUGACUAUGUGCUUUUUAAAAGUUGGGUAGCUGGGCUGGAGAGAUGGCUCAGCAGUUAAGAGCACUGGUUGCUCUUUCAGAGAUCCUGAGUUCAAUUCCCAGCAACCACAUGAUGGCUCACAGCUAUCUGUAAUGGGAUCUAAUGCCCUCUUCUGUCGUGUAGGCAUACAUGCAAAUAGAGCGCUCAUAUAAAUAAAUAAAUCUUAAAGUAAUAAAAAUCUUAAAAAAAAAUGUUGGGGAGCUGUGGUAGCCUUUCUGUAAUCUCAGUGCUCAGUAGGUGGAAAUGGGAUCCCUGCCUCAAGCUGGCUUUAGCUUGACUAGUUGAAUGGAAUCAGUGAGCUCAGGGUUCAGCAGGAGAUCGUGCAUCAGUGUAGUGGUUUGAAUGAGAAUGUCCCCCAUACGCUUUUAUAUCCAAAUGCUUAAUCAUCAGGAAGCGACACUAUUUGAAAGGGGACUUGUUGCAGGGUGUGUGACAUUGCGGGUGGGCUCUGAGGUUUCUGAAGCCCAAGCUAGGCCCAGCAUAUCUCUCUGUUGUCUGCUGCCUGAGGAUUUACAUGUAGAACUCUGACUAACUUCUCCAAGAUCAUGUCUGCCUGCAUGCCACCAUGCUUCCUGCCAUGGGGAUAAUGCACUAAACCCCUGAAACUGUAAACAAGUCCCAAUUAAAUGCUUCUUUUUAUAAGAGU